CCUCAGGAAAUACAUAGUUACAAAAGUUAAUAAGUUUCAGAACGUACUCUUUUUGACGUGUGCGAUAUAAAAACAACACAUGUUUUGUGUGUAAUUUAUUAUUUUUCAAGUUAAAUACAUCCUUUUUCAGAAAAUAAUAUCAAAAUGCCUAAAGCAAAGAACACGAAAAAGAAGUUUAUCGACAAAAAGAAAGCUGUGACAUUCAAUCUAGUACACAGAUCGCAAAGGGAUCCUCUAGCGGCAGAUGAAACAGCUCCACAACGUGUUCUUGUGCCUGUAAACGCAACAGUUCCGCCGAAAAAAGAGAAAGAUCCAGAACUUACACCAGAGCAAAGGAGAGAAGAGCAAGUCAAAUAUGGCAUAUACUUUGAUGACGAUUAUAACUACCUCCAGCACCUCAAGGACACCAGAGAAGUUACGCUUGUAUUACAACCGAAAACAACUCACAAGAGAAAAGAAAAAGAUCCAAAUACGGAAGAAAAUGUGGAUGGAGAAGAACUACCAAUUCCUGUAACAGAAAAAUUAACGCUACCCAGUUCUGUGUUUGCAUCUGAAGUGGAAGAGGCUGUGGGAUUGCUGAACAAGGCUGCACCACAAGGUCUACGUCUCGAUCUUGAUCCCGAAGUGGUAGCAGCGUUGGAUGAAGACUUUGACUAUGACGAUCCAGAGAACCAGCUCGAAGAUAAUUUCAUUGAACUAGCCAUGGCCGAAGGUGAUGAUGAAGAUUACGAUGAUGAUGAUGAAAGCAUGUCCGGAGAUGAUAAUUCUGACAAAGCAUUCGCAUCGGACCUGGAUUCAGAUGACGAGAGUGAUUCACAGGACGGCGGCAAACGCGGCAGGAUGCCGAUGUGGGAUGAACGGGAUAAAGACGACACCAAAUCCCGUUUCUCGCAGUAUUCCAUGUCCUCGAGCGUGAUGCGGAGGAAUCAAGGACUGACGUUAUUAGACAAUAGGUUUGAAAAGAUGUUCGCUGAAUACGAUGACACAGAGCUGGGUGCUCUAGACCUUGAAGAGAUAGACGGGUACAUGCCAGAGACCCACCAAAUGUUGCUGCACGCCGCCGAUGACUUUGAGAAGUCGCAGAAACGAUACCAGCUCGACAAGGAGAAGGAAAUCGCCAGAUUGCAACGUCUCCAAGAAAUUGAAGAGGAGUCCGAAGAAGAGAUGAUGACGGUGGAGGUGGACCCGAGGGAGAAAUGGGACUGCGAGACCAUCCUCUCCACAUACUCCAAUCUGUACAACCAUCCGAAAAUCAUCGAUGAACCCAAGAAAUCCAAGAAAAUCCAGAUAAAUCCCAAGACCGGUAUGCCCAAGGACACAUUGGGGAAUGACAAUAAGCUGACAAUCAAGUCGUUGGCAAAGUUCAACGCUAUCAACGAGGCCGGUGAUCAAGAUUCUGAUGAGGAUGGGAGAACUCAUGCGGAAUCAGUGCUGUCUACCCUCAGCGUGCUGUCACUCAGGCCAAAAGACGAGUCUGCAGAAGAGAAGAAAGAACGCAAACGUCUCCUCAAAGAAUACAGACGGGAGAGAAGAGUAGAGAAGAAAGCAAAUAAGGAAGCGUUUAAAGAAGAAAAGAAACGCCAGGAGAAAAUAAUGAUGAACAACAAGAAUAAUGUCCAGGGGAACAGGAUACUUUAGUUCAUUCGUAGUUCAUAUAGAGGCACAAUUGUCAUGUGGCGAUGUAAAAUAAAUCUGAUUCUCCAAAUGUCCAACUUAUUAGCCACUUUACCGCCAAAUUUUACGAAAACAUAUGUUUACUUAUCCGCCAUUUUCGAUAAAUUAUCCCAAUCGCUUUUUUCUAUCUCGAAAAUGGACCAAUCAGACCAGAGUAUUUUUGAUAUGCUUACAAAUGAGUUAUUUUGAUUGGUUCUCGGAAUCGAAUUGAAGGUUUAGAUCAAGAUCGUUUAUUGAAACUGCUGUAAGUCUGGAAACUUCUGAAUAAUUUCUCAUGUAAAAAAGUAUAAUAUACGUAUUUAUAAGUAA